UACUGCGAGAUGACUUCGAGACUUAAAAGCAAUGAAUGGAAAUUUGCAAAUAUGACUUGAUGUAUACAUUUUAGUGAAUGGAAUAAAUUGUUUGGUUUGCAACGAAUUAUUCAAGUGUGAUACACAAAUGGUUUGAAGUGGUGCACCAUUUAUUAUCAAAAUCUCAAUGCUUUUGGUUUGUCAAGGUUGAAAAUGGCAGAAACUACUAAAAAUGCAAAUGAAAAUUGUGCCUGUGGUACAGCCUCCACCAGCAAACAGAUCUCCACCCAAAAUUCAGAGGAAAAUGGGAGAAGAAAUGAAUGGAUCAAAUUAAAUGUUGGAGGAACUGUGUUUAUGACUACUAGAACGACUCUUUCUAAAGAUCCAAACUCAUUUUUGUUUCGGUUGAUACAAGAUGAACCAGAUUUAAAUACAGAUAAGGAUGAGAAUGGAGCCUAUUUGAUAGACAGGGAUGCAACCUACUUUGGACCUGUGUUGAAUUAUUUACGGCAUGGAAAAUUGGUUUAUAACAAAGACCUGGCUGAGGAAGGUAUUUUAGAAGAGGCAGAGUUUUAUAAUAUAACAAUCUUGAUAAAACUGAUCAAGGAAAAAAUACGGGAAAGAGAUGCAAAGCAAAAUCAGACAUAUAAUCUGAGAAAGGUUAGUUGUAGAUCUACCAGUGGAUCUAAUGAUAAUCUAUGGUGGCAGUGA